GCGGAACCUGUACGGUCCUCGGGUGCGGAUGGGCAACUGGACCGAGGACGUCUACCUGGAGGAGUUUGCUUUUUCAGCCUGAUGUGCUCCUGACCCGCCUGCUGCCAGCGCGGGUUCUGUCCAGGACUUCUGUCCGCCCGUCCGGGUUACAUUCGUCUCCCUCUUUCACCAGGAGCUCAUGAAGGACUUCUUGGAGAAGAGGGAUAAAGGACAGCUUCUCAUACAGAGAAACAGAAGGCUCAAAGAGAAUCUUUUGAGACCGAUGCAGCUUUCCAUUUCUGAGGACGGAUACAUUCACUGUGGCGACAAGGUGAUGCUCGUGAACCCCGCUCCCGCGGAGAAGGAAGCCCACCUGUUUCUGGAUGGGGACCUGAGCCUGUGCAUGACUCCAGAUGAAAUUAAAGCCCAUCUGAGCGAUGAGUUAGAGGUGCCGUGUGGCCUGAGUGCAGCGCAAACCAAGAUCCCAGUUGGCAGAAACACUUUUAUCAUCUUGAGCCCAGACAGAAACGCCACGGGCCACGUCCUCAGAUACGGACAGAACUUCUGCCUCGCGACAACAGGAGGAUUUGAGGACAAAAUGCUGUAUUUGUCCAGUGACCACAGGACCCUCCUGAAGUCGUCGAAGCGGUCGUUGCUGCAGGAGCUAUACCUGACGGAUGAGGUCUCCUUCCUGAACUGCUGGCAGGCCGCCUUCCUGGACCCCCAGCUGCGCCUGGAGCACGAAGGCGCCCCGGUUCCGGCGAACGCGAAGAUUCUCCUCAGUCACUGCCGCACGAACCGGGGGCUGGCAGCCCACAGGCACCUCUCCUGGAGUACCUAUUUUGGGAAGGAAGCCGAGGUGGCCGUCCACACGCAUCUGGAUUCACACAGAGUCGAAAAGCCGAUGAACCACUGGAUGCUGGUGACCGGGAAUCCCAGGAAAGACUCGUCCACCAUGUUGGAGCUGCCCACGUCGCCGGCCGGGGACCCCGGAGCCCUGGAGCAGGCCGCCCACCCCGCGGCGCGGUGACCCCAGGCGGCACGUGCAGCCUGGCUAGACAUCCACGAUCUCGGCCACGCCCCGAGCUAUUUCUAAGCAAGGCACACUUUAUUAAAGUCCCUGCACACUCUAUUAAUAAUAAACAAAGGCUGUAUGAGGA